UAAAUGUCUUUAUAUUCACGUACUCCCAUUCCUCACACACGCAUAACCCUUUCUUCUCUGUCUGCUCUGUCACUUCUCAUUUGCUUUUAAUACCAAUCUCAUGUUUCAUCCUCCUUCUGAAUAGUCAUAUCCAGUCUUCUCUAAAUCUUUUAAUUAUUGUUUCUUUCAUUUGACUACAGACCAAAGAUUUAUAGCUGUGUUUUCUACCAUUUCACACUUGAAAACAAGAAAAAGUUUUUCUAUUCUCACAGAACCAAGAAUUGUGAGAAAGGCUAAAUGUGGGAUCGUGAAUGAUUUCUAUUUCCAUCCUUUUUACAUGCUAGAAGAUUGAAGUGCUUCAUUUGAUCAAAUAGAAAAACAGAGGCUUUGUAAAUGGCUUACUAGUUCCCCUAAUAUUUGAGGCACAUUUUGGGCAAUAUUAAUCAGGAUUGACAAAUAUGGUGAUCAUGAGACAGACAUUAGCCUGCUGCACGAGAAACAGAGAGUUUAGCAUUGACUUUACUGAACAAGAGAGAAUUACAACAUAUGAUGGCCUCGAGAGCUGCAUACGGAACUGUCAGUCCUAUGACAAUGAAAGCGCGACUAGUAGAGGUGAUGGGGGUGUUACAGAUUCCUUAAAUGAUGAUGACUCAAGCAGCUCUUCCAGCAACAAUGCUUUUGAAUCAUUCUCCUCUCAAUGGACAACGAGGAAGAGCGACGAUCAGGGAUCGUAUGACAAUGGGAAUUUCUAUGUGAAAGACAAACCUGCUUACACAACCCAAUUUUCAGAUGUGGAGACAAUGAAAGACAAAUUUGCAAAAUUGCUGCUUGGUGAGGAUGUGACGGGAGGAAGCAAGGGAGUUUCGACUGCAUUAGCAUUGUCCAAUGCCAUUACAAAUCUUGCAGCAUCUGUGUUUGGAGAGCUGUGGAAAUUGGAGCCACUUGCAGAGGAAAGGAAGAGGAAAUGGCAAAGGGAAAUGGAUUGGCUGCUCUCACCUACCAAACAUAUGAUUGAGUUGGUUCCUACAAAACAAAAUGGUUCUAAUGGCCAGAGAUUGGAGAUAAUGACACCAAAAGCUCGUGCAGACAUCCAUAUAAAUCUUCCAGCACUUCAGAAAUUGGAUUCCAUGCUUCUUGGAAUGCUGGAUUCAAUGGUUAAUACUGAGUUUUGGUAUACGGAAGUGAGUAGCCGAGCAGAAGAAAAGGGCACAAGGUGGUGCCUUCCUUCACCCAAGGUACCCAUCUCUGGGCUCUCUGACACUGAAAUAAAGAAAUUGCUGAAUCAGGGAAAGUUGGCCGGUCAAAUAUUCAAGGCAGCAAAAGCUAUUAAUGAAAACAUCUUAGCUGAAAUGCCGGUUCCAAAAGUUAUCAAGGAUGCACUUCCAAAGUCUGGCAGAGAAAGCCUCGGCGAGGACCUUUAUAGAAUCCUGACUGCAGAAUCAACCUCUGCUGAGGAAAUGUUCAAUUCCUUGAACUUGAGAUCUGAAAACAGUGCACUUGAAUCUGUUAACAGGUUAGAAGGAGCAAUUCUUGCAUGGAAAGAAAGAAUAACUGAUCAAGCUAGUGGAAAGUCUCCAGUUCGAAGAUCUUGGUCUUUAGUAAAAGAUCCUAUAUCUGAGCUAGACAAAUUGGAGGUCUUAUUGAGCCAAGCAGAAGCUCUUCUGCAGCAGCUCAAAAUUAAAUAUCCUAACCUUCCUCAGACAUUCCUCAAUGUCACAAAAAUCCAGUAUUGCACGGACAUUGGGCAUUUAAUUCUGGAAGCAUACUCUCGGGUUCUCUUAAACUUAGCGUACAGCAUUCUGAUCAGGAUAGGAGAAGUUUUGCAAGUAGAUAUCUCGAGCAACCCCAAUUCACCAGCAGCUGCUGACUACUUUCCUGGUACAAGAAUCCCUGGAUUAUUAGAGUCCUAUAGCUAGUCGAUUGAGGCACUCGUUGAUUGAUCAGAUGAAUCGAGUUGAUGGACAUUUUGGUGACUCCUCUAAUAGCAAUGCUUCUAUUGAGUUUGCAAAACAAUUGAUAAGUUCGGUAAAUUCCAACCUGAAGUCCAGUUUGGUGCACUGGCAGGGUAGCUUAUAGCAGCAUAUCUACUGCGAAUUCACCUUAAGAAGGAGAUUUUUUCUGUAGAUAUAUAUACCAUUUCCAUGUCAAACAUCAGCCUAGCUUCAGGCUGAGUUUUCAUGGUUUUUAGGGGAAUUUGCCCUCACCUACAAAUAAAUUACAGCGGCAAUAGAAUAGCAUGCUUUUUACAAGCUAAGUAUUGCAAAUGCUGGAUAUAUGUUUUGGUAUAUUGAGUAAUUUUACCAUAGCCUGUGCAAGAAUUUAAAAGAAUCUGAAUUGUUUGAUUGUAACUUCUCAUAAAGAUCCACCUUUAACUAUA